AUGAAGAGUGAUGUUCUCAUUGAUUUCCAUCUGGCUACUAUCAAAACUCAAAUGUGUGAGUUACAGCUAGUCGGGCUAAAAGAAGAUGAUCCUCACUAUUCUGUUGUGAUGCAAGCAAUAGAAUCUGUUAGGCGUGAAUUGGGUGCUGUGACUUUUCGUCUUCUUAAUGCUGCGCUACCAACAAACGCUCGUCAUAAACGCCUAUUUCGGACUAAAUAUGUGGAAGAUGUGGACCUAAGGAAUAUCGAAAAUUGCCUGGUGUCCGCUGCGAAUAAAGUAGUAAACUUUAAUUUCGGCCAGUCCAGCAUGGAAUGUGACUUGAGACCUGCUCAAUCGAGUGCUUCAGAAUUCUUAGAUACACAUGGCCGUGUUCAAGCACUAGUUAACAAUACAAUCGAAUUAUGUUUAACCAGUUUAUCUUCUAAUCAUAAUGAAUAUGAUUCUGCUGAACAGAAAAGAAGGAGUAACGAUUCAUUCGUUCAUCAAAAGAAUGAAAUCCAGGAGAAUUUAGAUUUAUUUGACAGAGGUUCUAGUGACUCUUCAAGUGUUUCUUCGAAUGAUCCACCAACUCUGUUAUGUACCGCUUCUAUUCCUCCAAUCGAUUCUGAUUGUUCACAUUCUUCUAAAAAGCCCAUUUCAACACUUCAAGCAAAUCGUAAUACAAUAAGUGCAUCUGUUCAAGUUAAUAUUGCUUCAGUAAUUUAUACAACACCAGUUAAAUUACCUUCACCUGAGUUAUUAACAAUUUCUCCAGAAUUAUUUCAUAUCCUACUAGAAUUGGACUAUUAUGCAGCUCAAUUCGAAUUCGAAUUUGUACGAUGUGUUUCACGUCGAGUUAGAACAGUACAAGAAGCUGAUGAUGUUCAGCUUGUUACUGUGUUAUUUUCUGAAACACUAAUGUGGGGAUUGACUGUAAAGCUACUUUCAGUACAACAAUUGGCUGAUCGAGAUCCGUGUGUUCUGCUUGCUUUACCUCGCCUAAGUAUCCUGGUUGGGUGUCGUUUAUUACCUGAUUCACCUGUGGGCGCUAAUCGCUUAGCUACAGGGCAUCGUUUGCCGUUUAUGUUCAGUUCAUCACGUUCUGAACUAGCCUAUCUAUGUAGGCAACUGUAUGCGCUUAGACCAGAUCAACUGUGUCGAUUGGCAAGAUGGCUUGGACCAAAUGGAUUGCCAAAUUUGAUUUAUCAUCAAAAAUUAGUAUCCAAGCUAUCGUACCCUGAAGAAAGAAUUGCAAAUAGUUCCUCUGAGAUACAUAAUGCAACUAAAGUGUCCGCUAACAUCACCACUGCAACAACAACUACUACUUCCGCUAGUACCCAUGAGUCUUGCUUCUCUUUACCAUCGGUAACAAGUGGUUCAGUGCCAGGCAACUUGGGAGCAUAUCAGAAAAGUCAUAUAUGGAAAACUUAUCUUCCUGGAUUACAUCGAUUGUAUAAAUGUAUCUCAGGUGUAGCCGACAAAUUUGCCAGAGAGUAUCCAACAGAGUUACGAUUUAUCCUACAGAAAGUUGUAGAAAUGCAUGAUACUAGCGGUGAAAUCGAUAUAAAAUCUUCUGUUAGCACUACUGGUAAUAAUUCAGAAGAUAUCACUAAAAAAUGCUCUAACGAUGAAGAUGAUGAAGAGAGUAUAGAAGAGGAUAAAAUCACUUCAAAUAGUCAACUAUCUGAAGAAACUGAACUAGAAGAAGAAAUAGAAAUCAAUUCAAUUAACAUGAUAGCAAGUGAAAAAAAAAUUCGAGAUUUAGCCAAUCUAUUCAAUUGGACUAAAGUAAUGCAAUUUGAUAAGAUAUCAUCACAUCAAUCGAAUUUAAACAAGUUAUUCAAAGAGUCUAGUUUAUAUUUUCAAAAAUGUAAUAAUAAACUUUCUUAUUCAAUGGAUUCAACUGGUAACAGUUCAAUGAAAUCAUCUGAAUUCCUUCAUAAGCAUGCUGUAACCAUACCAAAGAAUAUUAUUAUUAAAGAAAAAGCAAUAUUUCACAAAGGUAGUAUUACCGCUAGCAUUGAGGAUAAUGUUGAUGAAAUUGGAGUAGAUAUUGCAGCUUGUUUAAAUGAUGAUGUCGAAAGAAUAUGUGAACCUCAUGGUCAUAUGAAUUUAAAACUAAAUUCACCUGUAAAUUUCAAUCAGCCUAGUACAUUUUCGCAAAGACUUCAAAUCUUGAACUUAGGAUAUCCUAUUGAAGGUAUUGAAAAUCCAAAUGAUUCUUUAUUCAACUAUUUACCAGCAUGGCAACCAGAUUUUCCAUUAUAUCAAAAUAAUAUACAUCAAAUAGUAAAAAUAGAAAGUGAUGAUGAUAAUGAUAAUGAUGAGCAUAGACAUCAAAUAGAUGGUGAUUCAGUUAGUAGUGAUGAUGUACAAGAUUCGUAUAUAAUUGGUCAUCAUUGUGCUACAUGUAAUCGUAGUUUUACUUUGAUUCGAAGACGUCAUCAUUGUCGUCGAUGUGGUCAUAUAUUCUGUUCAAAAUGUUGUAAUCAUUGGCAACCUAUUGAAGGAUUAGCAAGUAAUAAACCUGUUCGUAUAUGCUCUGAAUGUCAUGAAUUUCUUAAUCUAUAA